GACCAGGGAGGUUGAGAGAGAGAGAGAGAGAGAGAGAGAGAGAGAGAGAGAGAGAGAGAGAGGGGGUUGAAGAUAUUAUUAUUAUCUACUACUGUCGCAGAAAACAGAGUAUAUUGCAGGCUCGGGGCAAAAAAAGAAGAAGAAGAAGAAGAAGAAAGAAAGAAAAAAACAGAAGAAACUGAUUCUUUGUUGUUCUAAUUUCUUUUCCUAUUUCUAAAAAAGGCAGCUCUGUCAGAUCUCGGUUCUGAAAAAAACCAAAAAAGAAAAAACCAGCUUCUGUUCUAGUUUGUUUUACUCAGAUUUUCAUUAUUUUCUUUUCCUUCAACUCAAACUUUGUCAUUUUCCCAAGGAAAAAAAGGGAAAGAGAAACCACUUUUAUUGCUUAUUGGGUUUUUUACUGCUUCUGGUUUUUAACAUUACCCAAUUGCGAAAUCCUGCAGAUAAAGCAACAUUUAGGGGGUCUGUAAUGGAGAUAGAUUGAAAGGAGAGUUUUAGAAGUUAAAAAUUUGAGAGGCAGAGCUAAAUGCUUUACCAAUUCUCUCUUUAGGUUUCACGAUUUAGAGGAGUUGAGAUAAUGCUAUAGUCCUUUUGUUUGUUAAGAAUUAAAUCUGCUAAAAUCUAAGAAAAAAAAAGGUAGCCUCAUCGCAGUCGAAAAAAAAAAGCUAUACAGAAUUACUCUGUUUUUGUUUUUUUCUUGCCGUAAGAAGAUUUAAAUAGGGAGUCAAGCAAGGCAAAUGCAGCUCCUCUGCCUCUCUUCAUCUCCUUCUUCACAUUCUUGUGCACACGCCAAACUUUAGUACUUAAAAAACAAAAAAAAAAGGCUAUUUCCAAGGUGAAGUCGUACGUUUGGCAAGGAAGAAAAUCCGUUUCCUACGUCCUCUGUUUCUCAACUCUAAAUUCUCUCUCGGACAAGCCAGCUAAAACUCAGAUCUGUGUAGAGAUUUGGGCAGUAGAAGAUCAUGGCACAUAAAGAAGCAGAAGGAGCUAUGGUUUCAAGUUUUAAUGAAACAGAGAAUGAAGAGAAGAUUGAAGAGAAAAAAGAAAUGUUUAGCUUCAAGAGCUUUCUUUGGCAUGGUGGGUCUGUUUAUGAUGCCUGGUUUAGCUGUGCAUCAAAUCAGGUUGCUCAAGUUUUGCUGACAUUGCCAUACUCAUUCUCUCAACUGGGGAUGCUAUCUGGGAUUAUUCUGCAAAUUUUCUAUGGAAUUCUUGGGAGCUGGACUGCUUAUUUAAUCAGUGUUCUUUAUGUUGAGUACAGAAGCAGAAAGGAGAAAGAGAAUGUCAGCUUCAAAAACCAUGUUAUUCAGUGGUUUGAAGUGCUUGAUGGACUUCUGGGUCCAUACUGGAAAGCUGCAGGAUUAGCCUUCAACUGCACUUUUCUCCUCUUUGGCUCUGUUAUCCAGCUUAUAGCCUGUGCAAGUAAUAUAUACUACAUAAACGACAACUUAGACAAGAGGACAUGGACUUACAUCUUUGGAGCUUGCUGUGCCACAACUGUUUUCAUCCCUUCAUUUCACAACUACAGAAUCUGGUCUUUUCUUGGUCUUGGCAUGACCACUUAUACUGCUUGGUAUUUGACCAUAGCAGCACUUCUUCAUGGCAAGGCUGAAGGGGUAACUCACUCUGGCCCAACAAAGCUGGUUUUGUACUUCACAGGCGCCACCAAUAUAUUAUACACUUUCGGCGGGCAUGCUGUCACUGUGGAAAUUAUGCAUGCAAUGUGGAAGCCUCAAAAGUUCAAGUACAUUUAUCUGCUUGCUACUUUUUACGUCUUCACCCUGACGCUUCCAUCAGCUGCUGCUGUCUAUUGGGCUUUUGGUGAUCAACUUCUCACCCACUCGAAUGCCUUCUCCCUUCUUCCGCCCUCUGGAUGGCGUGAUGCUGCAGUCAUCCUAAUGUUAAUCCACCAGUUUAUAACAUUCGGGUUUGCUUGUACGCCUUUAUAUUUUGUGUGGGAAAAAGUUGUGGGAAUGCAUGAUACUAAGAGCAUUUGCUUGAGGGCUCUAGUUCGGUUACCUGUGGUGAUACCAAUUUGGUUCUUGGCCAUAAUAUUUCCUUUCUUCGGUCCCAUUAACUCUGCUGUGGGAGCUCUCUUGGUCAGCUUCACUGUUUACAUCAUCCCGGCUUUAGCACAUAUGCUCACAUACAGAUCAGCCUCAGCUCGACAGAAUGCGGCAGAGAAACCUCCAUUCUUCCUCCCAAGCUGGACAGCGGUGUAUGCGCUGAACGCAUUUGUGGUGGUCUGGGUGUUCGUGGUUGGGUUCGGGUUGGGAGGAUGGGCCAGCAUGACGAAUUUCAUUAAGCAAGUUGAUACAUUCGGGCUAUUUGCCAAGUGCUAUCAGUGUCCACCUUCAGCCUCUUCAUCACAUCACUGAAUUAGAGAGUGAGAGCUUUGAUCUGUGUCUGGUCUUGUAAUAUACAUGGGGGGAGGCAUUCGCUUAUAUAUCUUCCCUACUUUGUUGCUUUUUCCUAUAUUUCAUUUGUUUCAACAUUGCUAUAUAAAUGGUAGAUGAUUGUGAAUGGUUUUUUC